AUGAAUAAUAAACUAUUCCCAGUUUUAUUGAGACAAUUCAAUAGAACAAGAUAUAGAAGUGAAAAAUCAUUAAUAGCAGAUAUUAAUUAUAAUCCUUCUGGAGACAAUGAACUUAAAAGGAUUAUUUAAAAAAACAUUUCUUUAAUUCAUUCUUAUAAAUAGUUGUUAGAAAUCUUGGACUAUAGUUUUAUUCAGGUGGAUUAGAAUGAUAUUAUUAAACGAUUAUAGAAUUAAUUUGAUGAUAGAGCUAAAUAUGGUUUUAAUUGUUCUAAUGAAUUAUUUAUAAAAUUUUUAGCAAAGGUUUUCGAAAAAAGUAAUUUAUGGUAUUAAACAUAGAUGGUUGGAGCAAUGAAUUUGAUGAUUGGUUAAAAGCGUAUUUAGAAUAAAAUGUUGUAAAAAUGAGCUAAUCAUAUUCAUAAUAAUUGAAAAAAGCAUUAUAAAAUUGUAAAAAAAAUGAAGAAUACACAUAAAUAUUGGAUGAUCAUGUAAAGUAAAUCGAAAGUUUGAAAUAAUUAAUAUGA